AUGAUGAACCAUCCAAAGCUGCUCCCGAGUCAGGAGCUGGUGCUCCACCAGGUUAGCGUUGACAGCUUCUCGCCCGCUACAGCAUCGGUGUUGAAGUUCGCGGCAUCACCGCUGCUACCGCGCUCCCCGUUUUCGAAUACGAGCGCAGGCCAAGCGUCCGCACCAACAGUGCCGUGCUCGCCGCUGAACGACUCCAGCACCAUUGCGGCGCCAUCCAUCGUGCGCCCUCAAAUACGCCAGCGUGAUGAGUGGGAGUCGUCACUGGUCGACGUGGACGCCUUCGUGCUAGGUCCAGACUGCCUCUACACAUCGAGCUUUGACCGUCGUGAGCCAGUGUCAGUCCGCUACAUCGCAGACAAGCUUGAUCGUGCAUGGCUGUCCCGGCGCCCAGUUUUAGCUAUUCGCGGAGACGAUGGCGCUGUAUCUGCCGUGCGGGGUAAAACUGGAAGUGCUGGUAGCCACAUGCCAAUUCUGUCGAACCUGAGCACGUCUGUGCUAGAGGACACCUUCACAGCACUGGAGCUGGCUGCCCACGUGCACCCCGAGCUCCCGCUGGAGCGUCUUCUACUUUACGCGAGACCUUUUCUAGGCGAAAAGGAUGUCGGCGAGGAGGUCCUGGAGGAACUGAAUGCCUACUGGCUACUGCGUCGCAGCGGGACAGGAGGACUGCUACCGGGCAUUCCGGACCUGCGUGUCACCAUACGCGAGGACAACGAGCUGGUACUUUGCCACCCUGCAGUGCUGCGGGACUGCCCUUUGCCGUUUAAACAGCGGGAUUGGUAUGUUCCCGUGGUGGAGCGUCGCCGACCCACUCCCAUCGGUGACGCCUCCUCCGCCAAGCGGCCUCGGGCAGAGGCAUCGCCAGGAGGCUCGAGCUUCAGAUCGCUUGUCGCGCUGCUUCAGGCCUGUGAAACAUAUGCGGGGAAGGCGGUGUCCUUGAGUCGCGCGAUGCUCCGCCGCGAGGAAACGCGACAGGUGCACACGCAGAUGACCGUGUAUGAGCUAGCAUCGUUGCGUAACAUCGUAGAGGAGGCGCGCAAUGGCAAUGACGUGGUGGGCGCGUCACUGCCCGUAUCGGUACUGUCGCGCUGCCUCGUGGCAUUGUUGCCACCCCCCGAGAGGGACGCGGAGCUAGACCCGCAGACGCAGUAG